ACAUCAAAACACAUUAGAGUCAUCUCCAGCGGGAAGGAAGAUGAGCAUGGAAACUAUUGUUCUUCAGUCUCCAUGGAGAAAGAAACAACAGCAGAGGUGAUGCAGUAGGAGGGGUGGACCCAAAGUAAAGAGACAAAUCAGUUGUAAGAUAAGAAGCUUUGGCCAGUCAGCUGAAGCUGUUCUGCAGCUUCUCCUCUCCGGUGAUGGAAACCUUGGUGGGAACUGAGCUUUGCUUUCCACAACUCAUCAACACCUCCUGCAGAAAGCCAAUUCGUCCUCACUUAGAAGCAAUGUUGAUUUACAUUUUGUUGUCCUCCAUCUCUCUGCUCACUCUAGCUCUCAACCUGCUGGUCAUUAUCUCCAUCUCCCACUUCAAGCAGCUCCACACCCCCACCAACCUCAUCCUCCUCUCUCUGGCCGUCUCAGAUUUCUUCGUGGGCCUCUUCGUAAUCUUUCAAAUAAUGAUAAUAGAGGGCUGCUGGUUGCUCGGUGAUCUCAUGUGUUCUCUUUGGUUGAUUCUAUCAUCUAUUAUUAUGUCAUCCUCAAUUGGAACCAUGGUGCUCAUAUCAGUGGAUCGAUAUGUGGCUAUUUGUUAUCCUCUGCAUUACUUCACCAAAGUCAAACCAAAAAGAAUUCGAGUCUGUGUUUGUCUGUGUUGGAUGUUUGCUGCUUUAUUUAACAGUCUGCUGCUGAAGAAUAACCUGCAACAUCCAGGCAGGUAUAACUCCUGCAUAGGAGAGUGUGUCAUUGAAAUGAACUACAUCGCUAAUGUUUUUGAUCUAAUUCUUUCAUUCUUUUUUCCCAUUACUGUUAUUGUCAUUCUAUAUAUUAGAAUAUUUGGGGUGGUUGUGUAUCAGGCUCGUGCCAUGCGGCCUCACAUUGCAGUUGUGACAAUGAAAGUAGCCGUUAAAAAGUCUGAAAUGAAAGCAGCCAGGAAUCUCGGUGUUGUUGUAGUUGUGUUUCUGAUAUGUGUUUGUCCGUAUUAUUGUUUCACUCUUACAUCCCAAAAUAACUUGUACACAUCUUUAUCUGUAACCAUCCUAGUAUGGUUGUUUCAGUUUAACUCCUGUCUCAACCCUCUGAUCUAUGCCACUCUCUACCCCUGGUUCAGAAAAUCAAUUAAGGUCAUUGUUACACUUCAGAUACUGAAGCCUGGUUCCUAUCGGACCAACAUGCUUUAGAGACACCCUGCAUGGGUCUAAAUUUAUACCUUUAGCCUGAACAGUAUAUGCAAAAUUGCAUUUAUCCUGCAGCUAACAUUUCCCCUUUUCACCUUGUACAUUAUGAACUUAUCCGGUGUGGAAGGUGAAAGCACAAGUAGAUCCUUAAAGACGAGCAAAGCAUCUGUAAAAUGUAAAAAAAAAAUCGAAUGGAAUAGAUUUUGCUUUCGAAUUAAGUGACAAUUGUUGCACGGGAUACAAUGUUAUUUUUUUCAUUUGAUGACUUUAAUCCGGAAUAACC